CGCUAUUUUUGACUAUCAGUUUAGUUAUAUUUUGUCGCGGUAGUGUGCACAAGGAGAAAUUGAUUUAGUCCCAUACGCGCAUGCACUUCCACAAUACAAGAAAGAUUAUAGAAUGAAUAUAUAUGUUUUUGUGAUAUUGAUUAUAAUUGCUGUCUUAGGCAAUUAUGUGACGGACUGUGCUAGGUUUGGUGUCAGAGGUGGAAGUUUCAGAAGUGGAACAAUAAGCAGUGGAACAAGAAGUGUGGGAUCUAGAAUUAGCGGAACCGUUCGGAGUUCAACAAGGUUUGCAACUCGUUCCACUUAUCUAGGAUCCUCUUACCAACAGGGAACCUGGAAGACUGCCGACCGUACCUUGUACGGUCUAUCUAGUUACAAACGACGGAGAAGAUACCUCGAUUCUCCUGACAGCGAGCCUACAGUUUGCUUCAAUGAAAAUAACUUGCGUAAUGAAACAUAUGGGUAUUUCAUAUGUCCGGAAGAUGGCCAAAGUGACGACAUGACCUACUGUUGCGGGGAUGAGGAUGCACAAACAUGCUGCGAAUAUGCCGAUGCUACCGCUUUGGAACGAAUUAUCGGUAUAGUAGGUUGUGUUGUCGCCACUGCAAUUAUUGUGGGUGUUGUGGUCUACUGUGUUUGUAUAAAAAGAAGAAGAGAUGCGAAGCGCAAGCUUCCCCCCCUCGACUUUCAAAAUCAGUUAACAGGUCCUGCGUCUGUGCAGUAUAAUACGAGUCAGCCAUAUAGUACGAGUCAGCCACAUGGUACGAGACAACCGUAUAGUACGGGUGUGGAUUUCCAGUAUGGUCAAAAGCAAGGCAUGAAUUCCUAUCCGCAAACUGCCGACGGGACAAGUAUCUAUGAUACUACUAUGUCUUACCCACAAACUGUUGACGGACCAAAUACCCACGAUACUAUUUGCAAUUUUGCCGUCAAUGAUGGAGCCCCUCCCUAUUCCUCCUGGCCUAAUGGCUUCGAGAGUGAAAAAUCUUACCAAACACAGAAUAAUACAUCCAUGCCUCCGCCAUACCGAACGGUUCCAUACUCAGGUUUUCAAGACGUGCCUACGGAACCGCCACCUGACUACCCCUAAAAUAACAUCUAACAACUGUGUCUCAGACAGAUUAACAAGGGACGCAAUCAUUGAACAUUGUUCCAAACUAAUACCUAUUAGAAAUUACUUGGUUAUAAAACACCUACAUACUUUAAGUUAAUAUUUUGGAGUAUAAACAAUAAGCAAAUGAUAGGCAGAUCACUUUCAUUUUUAAAAGCAAAGAGAUACUAGUAACUUACAGCUUACAGUAAACAUUAUUUGAUGUAUCAAGCCUGUACUCAUUUAUGCCAUUUUAUCAAAUACUCUGGAGUUUUUGUCAAUUUUUAGAUAGGUCACAGGUCUCUACAAAGACCACCCUUUGGAAAUAAAAUGUGGUCUUUCUCUUAAACAUUUGUUUGUCACAACAGAUAAGUAACUUUUCUUUUUGGAAGCCGACGGUAUGUAGAAAACGGUGACAUUUUAAUGCAAUAUUAUUUAACUGUGAUACGCAGUCAGAAGUGAUCCUUAGAACAAGUUUGAUUGUAUAUGGAAUUAUGAUACCAUUUAUGUUACAUAUGCACAUCUUUCCAAAACAGCCCGCCCGCUUAGCUCAGUAGGUAAGAGCGUUGGUCUACGGAUCGCGGGAUCGCGAGUUCGAUCCUCGGGCGGGGCGUAUGUUCUCCGUGGCUAUUUGAUAAACGACAUUGUGUCUGAAAUCAUUAGUCCUCCACCUCUGAUUCAUAUGGGGAAGUUGGCAGUUACUUGCGGAGAACAGGUUUGUACUGGUACAAAAUCCAGGAACAUUGGUUAAGCAUACAGUUUGUCAUUUAAAAUAUCACAGUGAAGUGAAGUGCAUGCAAUUCCGUUGUAUUUAAAGUCGUUUAGUGCCAUAAUACUUUUGAAAAAUGCAUGUUUUUCUCAUUUCUGUUCUAUUAGGUCUUAUCGACAUUUCUUACUUAGCAUUUGUUGUAAACAAAGAAAGAGUGACCCUUUUCAGUCGAAAUUUGCAAAGGGAAAUUCAGGUUCAGACAUGUGAAUAAGAAAUCUUCAAGUUAUUUACACUCUCACGGAGAAGCGGGGUGGUAUUUUGGUGGCAAGGGCUUGAGAACUUUAAUCUUAGAAAGAAAUUUGUUCACAAACAUUUUAUAAUGAGUCUAUAUGUGCGACAGUGCCUGUUCCAUACUGUAAUACAGCCUAACCCUGCUGUAUGUAAAUGCACUUUUCCUGAAUAAGUUUAUCACCAUCACAGUGGUUGAAGACGACGUAAUUAAGUUGAAACCAUCCUUAAAUUGCAGCCCUGCCAUUAGUCUGUCUGACCUAUGAUGCGAUUGGUCUGGGACUGUUGUCGAAAAUUAGCAUAAUAGCCGUCAACCCUAACGAUUUUGUAUAAUUAUCUGGGAGUCUUUGCGGUCGAAUUGUUAUUUUUCACUGAUAUGAUAUCAUAGAUCCCUCUUUGAAUAUUUUGAGAGAGAAGGAGCUUGCAGGUUACAUUCGUGUCUAAAAAAAUAGUGCUCUUAAAGGCGCCUAAGUUUAUCCUCAAGCAACAGAUAUUUCCGUUUACGGCUGCAGCAAGGAAUUCUAAAAGGAGAUACACCCAGAACUCGUCGCCAUUUCUUUUUAUUUGUUUAAAGAGAAGGAGCUUGCAGGUUACAUUCGUGUCUAAAAAACAGUGCUCUUAAAGGCGCCUAAGUUUAUGCUCAAGCAACAGAUAUUUUCCGUUUACGGCUGCAGCAAGGAAUUCUAAAAGGAGAUACACCCAGAACUCGUCGCUAUUUCUUUUUAUUUGUUUAAAGCAGAUAGCAACUGAUUUUAAAUAUCGAAAAUGAUAAAACAUUAUUUGAAUAUAAAGGACAGCAAUAUAUUAUAUUUUUUUUGUGUCAGUAGCAUGCCUGUUUCUACAUUAUUUUACAUUCAAAUAAAAUCUCCCAAGCCCACAGAAUAUCACAAGAAAGUUUUUCUAUCAGAAGGUGUGUAGCUUUAAGUACAUGAUGCUAGUAAUAAUGAAAUUGCGAUCAGACAAAUCCUAAUAUUGCAAUUAAAACAUUUUUUUAUAUUGUUAUCACUAAUUUUGUAUUUGCAUAAUUAUAUUUAAAAUAUAGUUCUACAUUUUGUGUGUGACAUUUCUCAGAAGAUAUUAUGUUUCUUUAAUUUUGUUUUGUUUUUACAUUGAUCAAUGAUCCUUUUAUAUAUGUUAUGUGUUAUUUUUUGACAUUUUAUUUGUAAAUAAAGACAUUUUUUUU